UAUGACAGCUGCCUGCGUCCCACUUCCCUUCCUCGCUGGAAAACGCCACAUCUGACAGGGAGGGAGAGACAGACACUACCGUGGGGGAGUGUGGACACCGACCUGAAGAUGCUGGCCCUAGUGAACCGGCUGCUGGACUGGUUUAAGACUCUGUUUUGGAAGGAGGAGAUGGAGCUGACGCUGGUUGGCCUCCAGUACUCGGGAAAAACUACAUUUGUAAACGUGAUCGCUUCUGGGCAUUUCAGUGAAGACAUGAUCCCUACGGUGGGGUUCAAUAUGAGGAAGGUCACCAAAGGAAACGUCACCAUAAAGAUCUGGGACAUAGGAGGGCAGCCAAGGUUCAGGAGCAUGUGGGAGCGGUACUGUCGGGGGGUUAAUUCAAUCGUGUACAUGGUUGACGCAGCAGAUCAAGAAAAGGUGGAGGCAUCUAGAAACGAGCUUCAUAAUUUAUUAGACAAACCUCAGUUGCAAGGAAUUCCUGUUUUGGUACUCGGUAACAAAAGGGAUCUCCCCAGUGCUCUAGAUGAAAAGCAGCUCAUUGAGAAAUUGAAUCUGGCAGCCAUUCAGGACAGAGAGAUUUGCUGCUACUCCAUUUCCUGCAAAGAGAAAGACAACAUUGGUGAGUUGCAGUGAUUGAACUCAAUUUCA